AUUGUUAGUGAGUAUUUAAAUACGACACAUAUGCACCUUAAUUAACAUUCAGGAUUUUCCCCAUGAUAAUGAAGGUCUUAAAAAACACAACAUGUUUUAUUAUAUUGCUAUUAUUGUUGGUUAUAGCUGUGGAAUGCCGGAGCGGUGGCGGAGGGCGUGGUCAUGGAGGAAUUAGAACAAGCGGAGGUGGUAAUGGGUCGAUCCGCGGAAGUGGAUCAGGUGGUAGCUAUAGGUGGAUAUAUGUGAUUAUAUUCCUCGGUCCCGUCGUCAUGAUUAUUAGCUGCUGUAUAAUCUGUUGUAAAGGUACGAACGAAAAUUUGACAACCACGAGAUCUCAGAGAAUUCUCAGUCUUCCAAAAACAGAAGGUCACGUGCCAACACAAUACCAAACGCAGCGUUCCAAAAGCGAUACGCCAUCAGAUCGCAUGCAUCGGCCUCAAGAGCAUAUCAACUUGUCGACGAUAUCUGGUGCAUACCAAAUACAAGAUCGGAAAACAUUGCCUUCUUACCCGCAGCACACGGUAGUAAAAAUACACAACGAACCUUUACAAUUGCCGCAAACAAAACUUCCGUACCAACAAAAAGAAUAAAGCACAUCGCAUCGUUCAUGUUAUGAUUUUUUAAAGCUCUAAAUAAAAACAAAACUAUUCUUGUUAUUUUUCACAAAAUUCGAUGAUAAUCAGAAUACUCAUCACAAAAACAUUGAAUCAGGCUUCGGAUUCAUUUAUUUGUAUGGUUAGUUUGUUGAAUGACAAUUGAAAAGGAUCUACUGUUCUUGUUAAUUUGUUACUUUAAAUAAUAAAAGUAAAAGAGAAAGAUGUUCCGGUACGUUGGAAAUAUUGAGUAUAUGUUGACCAGGAAAAAAGAAACUCUGAUAUAGUUUGUAGAUUUGUUUUUAUAGAAAACUGUAAAUUAUGUUUCAACUGUUUGAUAAAAUAAAGUUUCAUGUUCUUA